GACGUCACAGCGCGUUCCAUGUGCUUCUGUUAUGACCGUUGGAGAUGAUGCGUCCAGGCAUAUCAGUGACCAAAGUCUGACUCCUUGCUUCUGAAGAAACCCACAACACAUCGCAGAAAUAAACAUGGAUUCCACAUGACUUUCAACAUCCAAGUAACGUUGGGAAUUGCCAUGACGCAGUCGGUUGUUGUCCAAGUUGGCCAGUGUGGAAACCAGAUUGGUUGUCGGUUUUGGGAUCUUGCUUUGCGAGAGUAUGCCCAGUUCAACAAGAGUGCCUUAUAUGACGACGCCGUUGGUACAUUUUUCCGUAAUGUGGACUCAAGUGAUGGAACUCAUCUGGCUGGUGGUGGAAGAAUACAACUGCUGAAAGCUAGGGCAGUGCUGGUGGACAUGGAGGAAGGUGUGGUCAGUGAGAUCCUUCAGGGCCCUUUGAGAGAUGUGUUCCACAGCACUCAGCUUCUCACAGAUGUGUCAGGUGCAGGCAACAACUGGGCCGUUGGACACAUGACGUAUGGCUCAAUCUACAGAGACAAGAUAGUGGACAAGCUGAGAAAAGCAGCAGAACAAUGUGACUGUCUGCAGUCCUUUUUUCUUCUCAACUCUAUGGGAGGAGGUACAGGUUCCGGGCUAGGGACCAAAGUGCUCUCCCUUCUCAAGGAUGAAUUCCCUGGAGUGUGUCGUAUUGUCACCCCCGUCUACCCGUCCAUAGAGGACGAUGUCAUCAUAUCCCCCUACAACAGCAUCCUGGCUAUGAGAGAGCUCACAGAGAACGCAGACUGUGUCCUGCCUGUUGAAAAUCAGGCACUGAUUGACAUUUUGAACAAGAUCACACAUACGUGCCAUGGCCAACAGUCCAGGUCCAUCCCAAAAGGCGACGUCCUAGUCCCAAGAAAGGAUGGGCUGACAGGGUCCGAGAGGCCUUUUGAUGCCAUGAAUAACAUUGUGGCUAAAAUGUUGCUGGACAUUACCAGUUCAGCACGUUUUGGGGGUACACUAAACAUGGAUCUGAAUGAAAUCCCAAUGAACUUGGUUCCUUUCCCUGGAUUACACUACCUGGUGCCAAGCCUUAGUCCGCUCUACUCGGAUGUCAGUGGUCCUGCCAGAAGCCUGGACCAGAUGUUCACAGAUGUGUUCAGUAAAGGCCAUCAGUUGCUGAAAGUAGACUUAAUGCACAGUCGCCACCUUGCCUGUGCCCUCAUGCUGCGAGGGAAUGUUCAUGUGUCUGACCUGCGCAGGAACAUUGACAGGAUGAAGCCUCGAUUACCUUUUGUGUCCUGGAAGCAAGAAGGCUGGAAGACCAGUCUUUGUUCUGUUCCCCCUGUAGGACUCAGCCAAUCCCUGCUGGCCUUGUCCAACACCUGCGCUAUAAAGUCCACUUUUGUAGAGCUGAGAGAACGCUUCACCAAGCUUUACAAGAAGAAGGCACACCUGCAUCAUUACCUGCAAGUAGACGGGAUGGAGGCCAGCUUGUUCUCAGAGGCCAUCACUUCCCUCAACUCUCUGAUAGACGAGUAUCAACAUCUGGACUCAGCAACAUUCUUACCUGACCCACCAAGACUUAACAUCGCUCAAUAAAAGAAAGCAAACCAUUCCAAACAACAAUGCAUUCAUUCACACUUGUCAACAAUUGGAAUGUACCUCUGUUGAAAUCCACCAUUUGUCAUUAAAAAUAUCAUUUGA